CAAACUGCCCUACCACUCGUUAGUGCAAGAUGGAGAAGCAAAUGUAACACGCAUUCGAGAUUGUGUAAAGAAACAGCAUAGUAAAUCAAUGAUGAGAAAGGUGGAACCACUGAACCAGAUCAGAUUCUGAUAGAGCAACUGGAACAUGCCCUUAAGUGGGCAUUGCCAAAUAUUUUUUUGUAAGAGCAGCAAAUAGAGAUUAUCGACAAUGAAGGUCGACAGAAGCAAGUUAAAGAAAACACCUACGGAAGCUCCUGCUGACUGCAGGAUACUUAUAGAGAAGCUCAAGGCAUGCAAUGAUGAGCAGCUAUUGGUUGAACUGCAGCAUAUCAAGACCUGGAAUAUUGGCAAGUGUGAGCUUUACCAUUGGGUGGAUCUGUUGGACCGCUUCGAUGGUAUUCUGUGUGAUGCAGGCCAGACAGUAGAGAAUAUGUCAUGGCUGCUGGUGUGUGACCGUCCAGAGAAUGGACAGCUCAAAGCCUUGCUUUUGGCAGUGCUCAACUUCACAGCUUUGCUUAUUGAGUACAGCUUCUCUAGGCACCUUUACAGCUCCAUAGAGCACUUGACCACCUUGUUAGCAUCAUGUGACAUGCAGGUGGUCCUGUCUGUGCUGAACCUACUCUAUGUGUUCAGUAAGCGAUCCAACUACAUCACAAGACUGGGAUCUGAAAAAAGGACUCCUCUCCUGGCCCGUCUACAGCACUUGGCUGAGAGUUGGGGUGGGAAGGAGAAUGGCUUUGGUCUGGCUGAAUGUUGCAGGGAUCUGCCUAUGAUGAAGUAUCCUCCCAGUGCCACCACACUUCACUUUGAGUUUUACGCUGAACCGGGCCCUGAGGUCAAAGUAGAGAGAAAGCAGACAAGUAGUAACACACUACAUUAUAUUCACAUCGAGCAGCUUGACAAGAUUUCAGAGAGCCCGUCAGAAAUCAUGGAGUCACUGACAAUGAUGUACAACAUCCCAAAAGACAAACAGACCCUACUGUUUACUCAUAUUCGACUAGCCCAUGGUUUCUCAAAUCACAAGAAGAGGUUGCAGGCUGUACAAGCCCGACUGCAUGCUAUUUCUAUACUGGUGUAUUCAAAUGCACUCCAAGAGUCAGCCAACAGUAUUCUGUAUAAUGGCUUGAUAGAGGAGCUGGUGGAUGUCUUGCAGAUUACAGACAAACAGCUUGUGGAUAUCAAGGCGGCCUCUUUGCGCACUUUAACUUCAAUUGUCCAUCUGGAGAGGACGCCCAAGCUUUCCAACAUCAUCGACUGCACCGGCACUGCCUCAUACCAUGGCUUCUUGCCCGUGUUGGUUCGCAAUUGCAUACAAGCAAUGAUUGAUCCUCUGAUGGAACCUUACCCACACCAGUUUGCAACAGCACUCUUUUCAUUCCUUUACCAUUUGGCUAGCUAUGAUGCUGGAGGGGAGGCCCUUGUGUCCUGUGGAAUGAUGGAAGCCCUCCUUAAGGUGAUCAAGUUCUUGGGUGACGAGCAGGACCAGAUCACCUUUGUAACAAGAGCAGUGCGGGUUGUGGACCUCAUCACCAACCUUGACAUGGCUGCCUUUCAGUCCCACAGCGGCCUUUCCAUUUUCAUCUGCAGACUAGAGCAUGAGGUGGACCUGUCGAGAAAAGAGUGCCCUUUUGUCAUCAAGCCAAAGAUCCAGAGGCCUAGUGCAGCAGUAGAGUCUGAGGACAUGGACACAGACAUGGAGAUGUCAGAAGUUGCUAUGGAAAGCAGCCCUCGACCAUCAACAUCUUCUAGUUCCAGAGCUGAGGGAGACCACCGAGCACAGAGCAGCACUACUAACACGCCUCGUGCAGGUAUGCAGUGUAUCCCCCAGAGGGCAGCUCUGUUGAAGUCGAUGCUAAAUUUCUUGAAGAAAGCCAUCCAGGACCCUGCCUUUUCUGAUGGCAUCCGCCAUGUAAUGGAUGGGUCCUUGCCUACCUCACUCAAGCACAUCAUCAGUAAUGCAGAAUAUUACGGCCCCUCACUGUUCCUCCUAGCGACAGAAGUGGUGACGGUGUUUGUGUUCCAGGAGCCAUCUCUGCUCUCCUCUUUGCAGGAUAAUGGUCUGACUGAUGUCAUGCUGCAUGCCCUUCUCAUCAAAGAUGUUCCUGCUACCCGCGAAGUAUUGGGUUCUCUCCCCAAUGUGUUCAGUGCCCUCUGCUUGAAUGCGAGAGGCUUGCACUCCUUCGUUCAGUGCCAGCCCUUUGAGCGACUCUUCAAAGUGCUUUUGUCUCCUGACUACCUGCCUGCAAUGCGACGACGGCGUAGCUCUGACCCUUUGGGUGACACUGCAUCCAACUUGGGUAGUGCUGUGGAUGAACUCAUGAGGCACCAGCCCACUUUGAAAACAGAUGCUACUACUGCCAUUAUUAAGUUGCUCGAGGAGAUCUGCAACCUAGGUCGAGCUCCUGAGUACAUCUGCCAGAAACCAUCUAUCCAGAAAGCAGAUGGUACUGUUGCAGUUCCACCAGCACGCUCCAGCCAUGCUGCCGAAGAAGCUUCAAGUGAGGAUGAGGAGGAAGAGGAGGCCCUUCACACUUUCAGCCAGCAGCAGGGGGAAGCAGAGAGCAGCAGACAGUCAGUGCCACUUGAACUGGUGGUUGGCACUGAGGAACGGAUACCCAUUCCUCUAAUGGAUUACAUUCUUAAUGUGAUGAAGUUUGUGGAAUCCAUUCUAAGCAACAACACCACAGAUGACCAUUGUCAAGAAUUUGUCAACCAGAAGGGGCUUCUGCCUCUGGUCUCUAUUCUGGGCCUGCCCAACUUGCCCAUAGACUUUCCCACCUCAGCUGCUUGCCAAGCAGUUGCUGGUGUCUGCAAGUCGAUACUGACUCUCUCACAUGAGCCUAAAGUACUCCAGGAGGGCCUGUGCCAACUGGACAGUAUUUUGACAUCUCUGGAGCCACUUCAUCGACCAAUUGAGGUGCCUGGUGGGUCUGUGCUUCUCAGAGAACUGGCUAAUGCAGGCCACGUCACAGAUGCCACAUUGUCAGCUCGUGCAACACCCCUUCUACAUGCUCUUACUGCAGCGCAUGCUUACAUCCUCAUGUUUGUCCAUACCUGCAGAGUCGGACAGAGUGAAAUCAGAGCCAUUUCAGUAAACCAGUGGGGCUCUCAGCUCGGCCUGAGUGUUCUCAGCAAGCUCAGCCAGCUCUACUGCUCUCUGGUAUGGGAGAGCACUGUGCUACUGUCCCUUUGCACCCCUAACAGUUUGCCUCCAGGAUGUGAGUUUGGCCAGGCUGACAUGCAAAAACUUGUUCCCAAAGAGGAAAAGCCAUCUGGCAACACGACAGCAUCUUCAGCCUCUGGCUCCAGGAGAACUGCAGAAUCAGAGGCAGUGUCUGUGGAUUCCUCUGCUGGUGGUCUAUUAGAAGGCAUGGGUCUAGAUGGGGAUACCUUGGCUCCCAUGGAGACAGAUGAACCCUCUGCAGCAGACCCAAAGACCAAGUCCAAACUUACUCCAGCUAUGGCCACCCGCAUCAAACAAAUUAAGCCUUUACUCUCUGCUUCAUCUCGGUUAGGUAGGGCUCUGGCCGAGCUCUUUGGCUUGCUAGUAAAACUGUGCGUGGGCUCCCCAGUGCGCCAACGUCGCUCCCACCAUGCCACAAGUACAGGCACUACCCCAACACCUGCUGCCAGGGCCACUGCUUCUGCUCUCACCAAGCUGCUCACCAAGGGUCUAAGUUGGCAGCCUCCACCCUACACACCCACCCCUCGCUUUAGGUUGACUUUUUUCAUCUGCUCAGUGGGUUUCACAUCUCCUAUGUUGUUUGAUGAAAGGAAGUACCCUUACCACCUUAUGCUGCAAAAGUUCUUUUGCUCUGGAGGACACGAUGCCUUAUUUGAGACAUUUAACUGGGCACUGUCAAUGGGAGGGAAGGUACCUGUAUCUGAGGGUCUGGAGCAUGCUGAUCUACCAGAUGGGACAGGGGAGUUCCUGGAUGCCUGGUUAAUGCUGGUGGAGAAGAUGGUGAAUCCAAGCACUGUGCUGGACUCACCCCAUUCCUUGCCAGCUAAAAUGCCUGGAGUUACACCCACCAUGCCACAGUUCAGUGCCCUAAGGUUCCUUAUUGUCACCCAGAAGGCUGCAUUCAGCUGCAUUCGCAAUCUGUGGAAUCGGAAGCCACUGAAGGUGUAUGGGGGUAGGAUGGCUGAAUCCAUGUUGGCUAUUCUCUGCCACAUACUAAGAGGAGAGCCUGUUAUUCAGGAGCGCCUGGCAAAAGAGAGGGAGGGAACAGUGCGCCCAGAUGAUGAGGGAACCUCUGCCGGUUCGUUGGGACCUGGCACGGCUCCAGGAGCAUCUUCAUCAAGUGGAGAGGCACCACCAGUGAGUGGAUCAACUUCUGGAGGGCCAACAGGAGGAUCAGCUGAUGAUUCUACCAAUUCUACGCCUCGCCGCGAGCCCCAAGUUAACCAGGCUCAGCUAACACAGCUGAUGGAUAUGGGUUUCUCAAGAGAACAUGCCAUGGAGGCUCUACUGAACACCAGCACCAUGGAGCAGGCCACCGAGUACCUCCUUACACACCCUCCUCCACUUCUUGGUGGAGCAGUAAGAGAUCUAACUAUGUCCGAAGAAGACCAGAUGAUGAGAGCAAUUGCCAUGUCACUCGGGCAAGAGGUUAGCAUGGAGCAGCGCUCCGACUCUCCUGAGGAAGCAGCACGACGGCGAGAGGAGGAGGACAGAAGAGCCAGGGAACGGGCAGAAGAGGAGGAGGCACGAUGCUUGGAGCGUUUCAUGGAGGCUGAGCCACUGGACCCCCAGGAGCUACAUGCCUUCACUGACACCAUGCUGCCUGGCUGCUUCCAUCUUUUGGAUGAGCUACCUGACACAGUCUACCGACUGUGCGACCUGCUAAUGACUGCCAUAAAGAGAAGUGGCCCUGAAUACAGGGAUCUCAUCCUUGGCCAAGUUGUCCAACAGGUGUGGGAGGCAGCAGACGUGCUGAUCAAAGCAGCUGAGCCGCUGACUACCAGUGACACAAAGACGGUGUCUGAGUGGACCAGGCAGAUGGCCACACUGCCCCAGGCCUCCAAGCUGGCAACACGAAUUCUGCUGCUCACGCUGCUCUUUGAGGAACUAAAGCUGCUGGGUGCCAGAGUUAUUGAGAACAGUGGAAUUCUUGAUUUGCUCAUAAAGCUGCUCGAGGUUGUGCAGCCUUGUCUGCAAGCAGCUAAAGAACACAAAGACAUCCAGACACCGAAAUGGAUCACACCAGUGCUGUUGAUCAUUGAUUUCUAUGAAAAGAUGGCAGUCUCUUCAAAGCGCCGGGAACAAAUGAACAAGUAUUUGCAGCCAAAUGGGAAUAACUGGCGAUGGUUUGAUGACCGCUCAGGCCGUUGGUGCAGCUACAGUGCUUCCAACAACAGUACCAUUGAUUCAGCAUGGAGGGCUGGAGAGAGCAGUGUCCGCUUCACAGCUGGACGGCGGAGAUACACUGUGCAGUUUAACACCAUGGUGCAGGUAAAUGAAGAGACUGGUAAUAGGAGGCCAGUUAUGCUCACUCUUCAGAAAGUGCCUCGCAUCCCCAAGCCUUCCAAAACUGGUAGUGUUACUGAUUCUGAGCGAGAGGAGAGCGACCGGGGCAAAGUGGAAGAAAGCCAGAGUGAUUUAGAUUCGGGAACAGCAGUGGAGAUGAACGCUCCUAAGGAUGAUUCCAGCCAGCUGAAGGAGGCAACAUCUGGCCCCUCAUCUUCCCUGGAGUCUGACUACUCUCAGGGAUCUGAUAUUGUUGUGCAAGGCCUAACUGAGGACAUGACCACUGUUCUUAUUCGGGCCUGUGUCAGUAUGAUUAGUGUCCCUGUGGACCCAGACACCCUUCAUGCUACACUGCGCCUCUGUUUGCGCCUUACACGCAAUCACCACUAUGCAAUGAUGUUUGCUGAGCUGAAGAGCACACGGAUGAUUUUGGGGUUGACACAGAGCUCUGGCUUCAAUGGCUUCACACCACUGGUUACUCUGUUGUUCAGACACAUCAUAGAAGACCCAGCCACACUGCGACACACCAUGGAGAAGGUGGUGAGAUCAGCAGUAACAAGUGGAGCAGGUAGUACCACAUCAGGAGUAGUAUCAGGCAGCCUUGGUUCCAGAGAAAUCAAUUAUGUGCUUCGUGUCCUGGGGCCGGCUGCCUGCCGUAACCCUGAAUGUUUUACUGAAACUGCUAGCAACUGUAUCCGCAUUGCUCUACCUGCACCUCGUGGAGCUGGCACCACUUCUGACGAUGAGUUUGAGAACCUUCGAAUUAAGGGACCUAAUGCUGUGCAGCUGGUGAAGACCACUCCUCUGAAACUAUCACCAUUACCACCGAUCCCUGACACCAUCAAAGAGGUCAUCUAUGACAUGCUUAAUGCUUUGGCUGCCUACCAUGCUCCUGAAGAACCCGAGCGUCCAGAAGAACGUGCAGCAGCUGUACCCGGUGGUCAAGACCUUUGCCAGAUUUUGCAGGAUGUUGGUGAUGAUGUUUACCAGCAGUACCGGCUCACCCGUCAAGGAAGUGACUUUGACUCCCAGUCUGCAUUCCAUAUCAACACUCAAGUAUUUGCUGCUGAUGGAGGCGUUGCAGAGUCUUCCCAGUCUGGUACUCCACAAGGAGAAGCCUCCACACCAGAAGAAAUGCGGGAAGAGAAGAAGGAGCAGGAGGGAGAGAAGGGUACCACUUCAGAUGAGAGUAAAGCAGCUAAGGUCAAGGCAAGCAAACCUCUCAUGCCUACUUCUACCAUCCUGAGACUACUGGCUGAGCUAGUGCGCUCCUACGUGGGAAUCGCCACGCUAAUCGCCUCCUACUGUUAUACAGCUGGGCAGUCUGAGCUCAUUAAGGAGGAUUGCAGUGUCCUAGCCUUUGUGCUCGACCACUUGCUGCCUCACACCCAGAACUCAGAGGACAAGGACACCCCAGCCUUGGCACGUCUUUUUCUAGCCAGCCUAGCAGCUGCUGGGACAGGCACUGAUGCCCAGGUGUCCUUAGUGAAUGAGGUAAAGGCUGCCCUAAGUCGAGCCCUAGCGAUGCCAGAAGGUGCUGAAAAACAUGCCAGGCUUCAGGCAGUGAUGUGUAUCAUUAGCACCAUCAUGGAGUCAUGCCCUUCGACAUCCAGUUUCUAUAGCACAGCAGCAGCCAAGACGCAACAUAACGGCAUGAACAACAUUAUAAGGCUCUUCCUUAAAAAAGGACUGGUCAAUGACUUGGCACGUGUGCCACACAGCUUGGAUUUGUCCAGUCCCAACAUGGCCAACACAGUGAAUGCUGCCUUGAAGCCACUGGAAACUCUCUCACGAAUUGUUAACCAGCCUAGCAGUCUCUUUGGGGGCAAGGGAGGCUCCAGCAAGAACAAGACUGAAAACGACCCUGUGGGCACUACCAGGGACAGCAACAGCAACACUCAGGACCAAGGAGAGUCCGGUGAGGCAGAGCCAGUGGAUGGCAGCCACAGGGUCCAAGGAACAGACACUGAUCUGAUGGAUGGAGAAACCGAGGGAGACGCAGUGGUCAUUGCUGGCCAGCCAGAGGUUCUUAGCACACAGGCUAUGCAGGUAGAGAAUGAGUUGGUGGAUCUGAUUGAUGAGCUGUUGGAGAGAGAUGCUGGCACGGUCAACAGCACAAUUAUAGUUGGACGCAGUGGUGAAGAUGAAUCGCAAGAGGACGUGUUGAUGGAUGAAGCCCCCUCCAAUAUUAGCCAAGCAUCAACUCUUCAGGCCAACCGGGAAGAUUCCAUGAACAUCUUAGAACCAGAGGAUGAGGAGCACACACAGGAGGAAGAUUCUAGUGGCAGCAAUGAUGAUGAAGACAGCCAAGAUGAAGAGGAGGAAGAGGAAGAAGAGGAGGAGGAAGAUCAGGAUGAUGAAGAAGGAGAUGAGGAUGAUGAUGAUGAAGGUUCGGAGAUGGAGUUGGACGAAGACUUCCCUGAUAUCAAUGCUGCACCACACAUUCGCUUUGAAAGGUUUGACAGGGAUGAUGACCUCAUCAUAGAGUUUGACAACAUGUUCUCCAACAAUGCUGACAUCCCUCCUUCCCCAGGCAACAUCCCUAGCUCCCACCCACUGAUGGUGCGUCAUGCUGACCACGGAUCCCUCACCCUAGGUGUGGCAGGCACUAGCAGCCGCUUGGCGCAGGGCAUGGGCCGCAGCCAGCGAACACUACGUCAGCUCACUGCCAACAGUGGACACACAAUCCAUGUCCACUACCCUCAUAAUCGUCAGCCCAACCCUCCACUUAUCUUACAAAGACUGCUAGGUCCCAGUGCAGCAGCAGACAUUUUACAGCUUUCCAGUUCUCUGCCUUUACAAUCACGUGGUCGUGCCCGCCUUUUGGUUGGAAAUGAGGAUGUGCAUAUCAUAGCUCGUUCUGAUGAUGAGUUAUUGGACGACUUCUUCCAUGAGCAGAGCAGUACUGGAGGUCAAGCGGGGACCCUCUCUAGCAUUCCUACUGCCUUGACUAGAUGGACUGAUGAGUGCAAAGUGCUGGAUGCAGAGAGUAUGCACGACUGUGUUGCAGUGGUUAAGGUGCCUAUCCUGCAGCAUCUGGAAAGUCUGCGAGAUGAGGAAUUGGAAGAGCGCAGAGAGAAGAGAAGGCGGCAGCUAGCUGAGGAGGAAGAGUCCAAACAGAAUGAAAGGAGGGCCUCUGGAGCAGAACAGGCCAGAGAACAGAGCCUGCAGGGUUCUGGAUUGGGGACGGUUAAUGGUGCAGAGAACACAGCAGAGGGUGAGCAGGCUCAGGGUGGUACUGUGUCAUGUCUGGAUCCACCCAGGGUUUCAGAGGGCUUCCUCACUGCCCCACCAUCUGGAGAAGUCACUCCAACCACACCUGCUCCUCAUGAACAGGCCUUAGUCUCGCUGGAGACUGCUAUUAGUCAGCAGGUCCACCAACCAAUAGCUGACCUUUUACUGGCUGAGUCGCAUGCUAGCUCACUGGCUGCUCUGGCAGGGGCUGGCCUUCCACCCUUGUCGACAGCCGAGAGGCCAAACAGUGAAGCAGAGGCAUCUCAGAUGGAAAUGUCCCCGGCACCUGCAAUCGGUGAGAGAGUCGGAGGUGGUGGUGGAGGAACGUUGGAUGAAGGCAGGGAAGCCUCUCUAAGUCCAGACAUUGUAGAGAACUCUGAGCCUGCAGCAGCUGGUGUGUCACAACUGGAAGGGUCACCAAUGGAUACCAGCAGCCCUGCCUCUGCCACCCAGGAAGAAGUUGCCCCCAACCCUGCCCAGCCCACCCAGCUUUCUCAGGAGCUGUCUGGAAGUGGGGAAAGUGGCCUGACUGACAGGCAAACUGAUGCAGAAACUGGCUCUACUUCUGUUUCAUCUCCUGGGGAAACUAUGCCCAGGAGUGACAGUGCUGACAGCCAGUCUCAGGCCAUCCAGGAAGAGCCCCUUCCCUCUACAAGCAAUGAGGAGGAGGAUCCACUUGCAGGCAUCAGCCUGCCAGAGGGUGUAGAUCCCUCCUUCUUGGCAGCUCUUCCUGAGGACAUCCGCCGAGAGGUGCUGCAGAAUCAGCUUGGCAUCAGACCACCCUCCCGUCCUCCAGCUGCUACAAGCUUGCCAUCCUCUACUGCACCUGUAUUGGGAGGGCCAGGGGUUACAGAGGUCAGCCCUGAAUUCCUGGCAGCAUUACCACCUGCCAUCCAGGAGGAGGUUCUUGCCCAGCAGCGAGCAGAGCAGCAGCGUAGGGAACUAGCCCAGCAGCCUCCCCAAGGAGACACACCUUUAGAUCCCGUAACUUUCAUCCAGACACUGCCAUCAGAGCUCCGUCGCAGUGUUCUUGAAGACAUGGAGGACAGUGUGUUGGCUGUCAUGCCUCCAGACAUUGCUGCUGAAGCUGCUGCAUUACGUAGAGAGCAAGAGGCACGUCAGAGACAACUGAUGCAUGAAAGGCUUUUUGGUCAUAGUUCGUCUUCAGCCCUCUCAGCCAUCUUGCGCUCACCGGCCUUCACUAGCCGGUUAGGAAGCAAUCGUGGCGUCCAGUACACCCGACUGGCUGUGCAGAGAGGAGGGACAUUUCAGAUGGGUGGAGGAACAAACCACAGACCAUCCAGUUCAAGUGUCGACUCCCUGCUGCGCCUGCGUGGACGAUUGCUUCUGGACCACGAGGCUUUGUCCUGCCUGCUGGUUUUGCUGUUUGUGGAUGAACCGAAACUCAACACCAGCCGUCUGCACCGUGUGCUCAGGAACCUCUGCUACCAUUCUCAGACACGUGGGUGGGUCAUUCGCAGCCUGUUGUCAAUCCUCCAACGAAGCAGUGAGAGUGAGGUAUGCGUGGAGACCUCACGUCUAGAGGACUCUCGUGGCAAGAGGACCAGCCAGGGAAGCUGCGGAGGAAAAGGCACAGCCACCUCGUCCCUCUCCUCAUCUUCAUCAUCUUCUUCUUCAUCCCCAGCUUCCUCCUUAGAGUUAUUGAACAGGGUGGAGUCUCGCAGUUCCAGUCAGCUUUCCUGGCUCUCUGUUUCUAUGGAUGCAGCCUUGGGUUGCCGAACAAACAUUUUCCAGAUUCAGCGAGCAUCAGGUAGGAAGCAUGCUGACAGGCAUUCAGCUGGAGGCUCUUCAAGUUCUGGGACAUUGGGAGGUGUGUCAGCGGGUGCAACGAGUGUCACAUGUGCUGGAGGUGGAGGCUCCACUGUUCACAUCCACCCACAAGCUGCUCCAGUGGUCUGUCGACAUGUGCUGGACACACUUAUUCAGCUAGCCAAGGUGUUCCCCAGCCACUUCACGCAGCAGCGUUGUAAGGACUUGUCAGCUUCGUCUUCUGACCUAGACUCUCGUCUUUGUUCAGGCUCCUCAGGAGGAGGGGGUGGAGGUGGAGGCUCCAGGUCAGGGUCACAGUCUCAGAGCAACCCUAAUGUCUCCAACACCCAGAACUCCCUGGGGUCUACUGCCUCUACCCUCCAGUCUCUAGGAAUCUCCACUGAUUUUUGGGACCUACUGGUCAAGCUUGACAACAUGAAUGUCAGCCGUAAGGGCAAAGCCUCAAUGAAGACGGUGCCUCUAGGUGGAAGUGCAGAGGCAGAGGGAGCCCAGUUCAGCUUAGAGACCUCUCCUCUAGGCCAGCUGAUGAACAUGUUGUCCCACCCUGUGAUCAGACGGAGCUCCUUGCUCACUGAAAAGCUGCUGCGCCUGCUCUCCCUCAUAUCCAUUGCCCUCCCUGACAACAAGGCCACAGAGGUGCCUGCUGGACACCCAACUCCACAGGCUCCUAACCCCAACACGGCAACCAGCUCAGGAGCCACAGCCUCAGUCACAACACAAGGCACCGCCGCAGUGGGCGCUAUGCAGUCCACUGUGGCAGGCCCAGGGGCUUCUGUAGGAGCUGUAGCCCAGGGUACAUCCUCAGGGACAAGUAUAGCAACCUCUCAGACAUCCUCUACAACAAUCUCUAUACCCACGUCCACUGGAACAAUCUCUACAGGAAAACAGAGGGGUGCUGCUAGCAAUACAGAGAGUGAAAAGUUGGCUUCCACUGGACUGACAGAAAAACAGCUUCAACUCUCUGUGGAGGUGUUGACAUCUCACUCGUGUUCAGAGGAAGGUCUGGAAGAUGCAGCUAACAUUCUGCUGCAGCUUUCUAGAGGAGACGCUUCCACCAGAGACACUGUACUCAGACUGCUGCUUAGCGGCGCAAGACAUCUCGGAUACACUCUUUGCAAACAGAUCGGGACAUUACUGGCCGAGCUUAGAGAGUACAAUUUGGAGCAGCAGAGACGGGCACAAGCUGAUUCACAUUCCCCUGACGCACCUCCCGAGGAUUCCUCCAUAUCAGCUAGACUGAAGGGCAAGAUGACAAGCAGGUUUGACGGGUCAGAGAGUGUGGUGAUUGUUGCGGCACAGAAGCGCACUCUUGGGGGACGUGAAUUGCAGCUGCCUUGUAUGAGCUCACUAACAUCCAAGACAUCGACACAGAAGUUUUUCUUGCGAGUGCUGCAGGUUAUCAUCCAGCUCCGUGAGGACACAAGGCGCGCCAACAAGAAGGCCAAACAGACAGGGCGUUUGGGCUCCACCAGUUUGGGCUCAGCAAGCAGCAUCCAGGCUGCGGUGCGUCAGCUGGAGGCCGAGGCUGAUGCCAUCAUCCAGAUGGUGAGAGAGGGGCAACGGGCACGUCGGCUGCAACAGGCCCCCCCACCCACCGCCCCUUCUGCCUCUGCCGCCGUCGCUGCCGGAUCCUCAAUGGCUGCCCCCCAUCCUCCUGCUGGGGCUGCUGCCCCUGUUGGCACGGCUGCUGCUGCCACGUCUGAAGGCCAGUCGGUUUCAGAAUCCCAGUCAGCACAGAGAGAUGAUUCUCCAAUGGAUGUGGACCAGCCGUCUCCUCUAGAGCAAGACCCUGCACCUCUGGAUGAAGAAGGAAAUGGUCAAUCAGAGAGUGAAGAGAGACUUCCAGAUCUCCCUCUGCUCAGUGAGCAGCUGUUGUUGGAUGAACUAUGGGAUAUGCUCGGGGAGUGUCUGAAAGAACUGGAGGAAUCGCAUGACCAGCAUGCCGUCCUGGUUCUCCAGCCUGCUGUGGAGGCAUUCUUUCUAGUCCAUGCCACAGAGCGAGAGAGCAAACCUCCUGUGAGGGAUACGCGGGAGAGCCAGCUUUCUCACAUCAAAGAUGAACCUCCACCACUGUCUCCAGCACCUCUUACACCUGCCACACCUUCAUCUCUAGACCCAUUCUUUUCCAGGGAACCAUCCUCCAUGCACAUCUCUUCAAAUCUGCCACCAGACACUCAGAAGUUUCUCCGCUUUGCUGAAACUCACCGCACAGUACUUAAUCAGAUCCUGCGGCAGUCAACCACUCACUUGGCCGAUGGACCUUUUGCAGUACUGGUUGACUACAUACGCAUCCUAGACUUUGAUGUUAAGAGGAAGUACUUCCGCCAGGAAUUGGAGCGGCUGGAUGAAGGCCUGAGGAAGGAGGACAUGGCAGUACAUGUGAGGAGAGAUCAUGUGUUUGAGGACUCGUACAGGGAGCUGCAUCGUAAGAGCCCAGAGGACAUGAAGAACAGGCUGUACAUUGUUUUUGAAGGGGAGGAGGGUCAGGAUGCUGGCGGCCUGCUGAGGGAAUGGUACAUGAUCAUCUCCCGGGAGAUGUUCAACCCAAUGUAUGCCCUGUUCCGCACUUCACCAGGGGAUCGUGUCACCUAUACCAUCAACCCAUCAUCGCACUGCAACCCCAACCAUCUCAGCUACUUUAAGUUUGUGGGUCGUGUCGUGGCUAAGGCAGUCUAUGAUAAUCGGUUACUGGAGUGCUACUUCACCCGCAGCUUCUACAAGCACAUCUUGGGCAAGAGCGUCAGGUAUACAGACAUGGAAAGCGAGGAUUACCCAUUCUUCCAGGGCUUGGUUUACCUGUUGGAAAAUGAUGUUUCCACCCUGGGCUAUGAGCUGACAUUCAGCACAGAGGUCCAGGAGUUUGGGGUAUGUGAAGUCAGAGACCUCAAACCAAAUGGAGCCAAUAUUUUGGUCACAGAGGAAAACAAAAAGGAGUAUGUGCACCUGGUGUGCCAGAUGAAGAUGACAGGUGCAAUCCGCAAGCAACUCGCAGCCUUUCUUGAGGGUUUCUACGAGAUCAUCCCCAAGAGACUGAUCUCCAUCUUCACUGAGCAGGAGCUGGAACUGCUCAUUUCUGGCCUGCCAGCUAUUGACAUCGAUGACCUCAAGGCUAACACUGAAUAUCACAAGUACCAGUCCAGCUCAAUCCAGAUUCAAUGGUUCUGGAGGGCCUUGCGGUCAUUUGAUCAAGCAGACCGGGCCAAGUUCCUGCAGUUUGUCACUGGCACAUCCAAGGUUCCCCUCCAGGGUUUUGCAGCUUUGGAAGGCAUGAACGGCAUCCAGAAGUUCCAGAUCCACCGUGAUGAUCGAUCCACUGACCGCCUGCCAUCUGCUCACACUUGCUUUAACCAGCUGGACCUUCCAGCCUACGAGAGCUACGAGAAGCUGAGACAUAUGCUGCUGUUGGCCAUUCAGGAAUGCUCCGAGGGAUUCGGACUGGCUUAAACUCUGAGACUCUUAACACACACAGACAUGCAUACACUUAAUUUUAGGUUUGCCUACUCCUUACACAUUCAGAUUGAUAACCUUUGAACGCACACACAUGCACACACCAACAUAGACAUUACUGGAUUACUUGUUGAAUGGCCUAGACUUGCUGGUUUCUAUUCCAUAUAAAACAGAUAAAACCAGCAAGUGAAAUAGACUGAUUGACAUUGCGUACAACACAGAGAGCCUCAUUCUGACACCGUUGUGUCUCCCUUCCCAAUUUAAUGGCAAAUGCAAGAGGGGAUUCAAAGGAUAAAACAUGGACUAAUAUAAGAGAUGUUUUCUUCAUUUAGUUUGAUUUCUCUGUACAAAAGGUUUGGGAGUUUAUUAUGUUCAAUCUUUUUUGUUCUCUGGCUGUGUAAAAAACAAAAAACAAAAAAAAGAUUGUUUGAACAGGAUGGUUAUAAAACCUUUGGGGAAAAAAUGUUGGUGGUUUCCUGUUGCAAAUUUGUGACCUCACAAGCUUUGAUGACGGGGAACAUUUUUAUGAGGGGUAUAUGAACAACUUGAAAAGUUUUGGAGCUAUUCACAAAAAUGCACUUUUCAAAGUUUUGUGGCAUUUUUAAGGAUGGUACAAAAAUGAAGAGAAAACCUGAAGGAGAUUUAAAAAAGAAAAGAAAAAAAAACAUUAACCACAUAAACUCUAGAGUAUUUUUGGCUAUUAAAUCGCUGACCCAGCCUUGAGCCUUUGAAUCAGAGUGGAAUAACUACAUGAAUAAAUGCAUAAAAAUG